CCUUUGUCAUUUAUUCAAAUGAUUACAGAUUUCAUGUGCAAUCUUUCCCACUUCAUUCUACACUCCCCUGCGUCUGGAGCUGUCUGUCAUUCCUCACAAAAACUGGAAUAGCUCAUGACUGAGAGAGAGAGCCACCCAAUGUCUACAAGGGUGUUUUGAGACAUGACCAAGUUUCUCGGCAAAGGCAGCUUUCUUCUUGCUAGGAAUGACAGACGGCGAUUUAAAGACAAGAUAUAGGCAGCUCUGAAACACAAUAAAAGACCAGGACCCUGAAUCAUCCGUGGUGACUCUAUAUUCUCAAAGCCUGUGAAGCAGACGAUCGAUUCACAAACAACCCUCCGAGACUCCUUUACCUGCAACUACGACCACAACUGCCAUCUCCGCAGUCGUUUGCGACGCAACCAUCGCCCUCAUGAUGACGCUGCACUCUCCGCCCGCCCUCACUGGGUCCGAAGCUCCUAGGCGUCCCAAGGGCAUCCUCAAGCAUUCAUCCUUUUCCUCACCCAACGAUCAAAUCUCGCCGACCCACAUUCUCUCGCCUCAGUCGCCAGAAGCGACCGAGCAGCCUUCCCGCCCGCAGCCCCAGCGAGAGCUCUCCGAAAAAGAAAUCACCAUUCACAACACUCUUCAAAACGCCGGUCGCCGUCGCUCAUCCUCCAACGCCCCAAGGUCUCUUUCGCGUCGACAGUCGAGUACGGCAGGCCUCAGCGAUGCCGAGCAGGAUGAACUCGACCAACGACUCAAGUGGGACGAGGCCAAUCUCUACCUCAACGAGCAACAGAAGACAGCGACCAUGAAGAUUGACGAGCCCAAGACUCCCUACGUCCGACGUUACGAUCCUGACCAAGAGGUUGAGGAAGAGGAGCCAGAGUUGCCCGCUCUCGACACCGAUCACAUUCUCGUGGACGAGCUCGACCAAGUCAACGGCACCAAGGCACGCGAAUCCGACAUCCCCAGUCUCGAGCUUGGCGAGCCCGAAGAAGCCGUGCCUCGGACGCACGACAGCUCGAAACAGGUCAUUGUCGAUUCAAAGGAUAAUGACGGCCUCCAUGGACAUGGCGAGCAAGACGUCGGAUGGAGCGCCGAGGAGCGAGAGAAGCACAAGAAGUUUGAGGAGCUGCGCAAGAAGCAUUAUGAGAUGAAGGACAUUAAGGGUCUCCUCGGGUACGUUGAGCCACCACCACUACCACAAGUAUAAUGCAAGGAUCCGGGAAGCUAACCGGGGGGAGCAUUGCUGCAGACACCCAGAGGAUUUAGAUGCAAUGGAUGAGGAUGAUGCUGAUGACGACG